GUGGGGUGUGUCGUAGCUAUUUCUCAUGAUCUCUGGGUAGAUGAUCACCGAUACAGUUUAAAUACACUUUGGUGACGUGACAUAAAUAUGUUUUUAAUAGUGGUGUGGUGACUCUUCGUGCGAGACAGACAUGAGCCACUGGUCAGAUGUCAUUCACGGCAGAGCCAACUAAAUGCCGCUAUAGAUGUUUACAAACGCUAAUAUAGAAUAAGAAAUAUGACAAACAUUCAUUUCGUUGCUGAUGUCUGACAACUAACUUACCAAACAUCAUGUCUGAGUGUCAUUGGUGUCUAACGGCGUUUAUCCUAGGCUGUGUCUUCACCUCCACGACACAACAAGACUCUGCAGUAAGAGACACACCCAAGGGUCUGGACAAUUGCCGUAUUUUGGGCGCCACCUGCGAAACAUCAUGUUCUGUAUUCAGAACUAUCUCUUUGACAGCACUUUGUCCUAAUAAAUUAAUUUGUUGCAGAAGUCAAAACGGGAAUAAAGGAAAUCAAACAAAAAAAUCAUACUUUUGGAAUAGAGUGGAUAUUCCUGAUGUCGGAGAAGAACUCGAGAAUUAUAUGACUUACACAGCGCCAACUACGACCACCAAGAGAAAACCAUCUUUCUUCGACUUCUUCAGAGACUAUAGAGAUAAGUUGAAAACUAAAACAAAACAAGAAAUCGAGGAGUCGUUUCUGAACUCGCUGAAAAAAUUUAAACUACCAAACAUAGAGUCCAUUUGGUCAAAGCUUAAUCGGUCAAGCAAACAUCGUAAUUCUGAAAGGUGUGGUCUGCCAAUGAACGCUCGGUUCAGGCGCGUGGUCGGUGGAGCUCUGGUGGGCAGGUGUGUCUACCCCUGGAUGGUCUACAUAUCACGUGACCCAGGUAAAGAUGACCUGUGUGGUGGCACCCUGGUCUCAGAUAGACAUAUCUUAACGGCCGCUCACUGUUUUGACUUUUUAGAAUCCAGAUGGCCAACUCUAACAAUUGGGGAAUAUAUCAAAGGGGAAGAACGAGUUGCAUCCAAAUUUGUAACGUCAAAUUACACAGUUGUCUCCCAUCCGAAUUAUGACAGUUUUACUUACAGUCACGACAUUGCUUUGUUGACUUUGGCCCAGCCCAUUGACCUGGACAGGUUCGAGUGUCUAAACCCUAUUUGCCUACCCCAACCUGGACAAUUCGUUUCCGUAGGCGAUUCUUGCAGCGUUGCUGGAUGGGGCUCUACAUCUCGUACCAUCAACGCGCCUGCAGUGUCCACAUCAUUUCUCAUGUCUACCUCAGUCCGAGUGGUCAACGGCAGCUACUGUCAAGAUAAGUUUGGAAGCUUGUAUAAUCCAAGAAUACACAUAUGUGCCGGGGACAUGUCCGGGGCCUCGGACUCUUGUUUGGGUGAUUCUGGCGGACCUUUCAUGUGCAGUCAUGAUGUCAUCAACAAGGGGAAUACAGAAGAUGGAACUAGCAGGCUCUACAUGAUGGGCGUCAUAUCGGCAGGAGGCGCCCCUUGCGCUCAAAAGGACACCCCUGCGUUGUACACUAACAUAAGCCAAGUGAUGGAUUGGAUACAAACAGAGAUGGCGUCAUCAGAUCAAUAAACGUUUUUUUUUU